AUGUACCCCGCCUCCGCCGCCCUCCCCGCCACACUCACCCUCGCCGCCCUCCUCCUCGCAGGCCCCGCCCUCGCAGCAGCCCCCACAACGCCCCACGACCCCUUCCGCGCCCUCGCCGCGCGCGCACCAAAGCCACCAGAGCAGCCCAUCUGCUGCCUCAAGCCCCUCACGCCCCUCGAGCCCGUCGCGGACGAGGUCUUCCUCUCCUUCGAGGAGUGGAAAUCUAGGCGCUAUGCCGAGCACAGCCAGCGCGACGCCCCGCCCAGCCGCGCGAGCGAGCCCCCCGCCGACGCAGCAGCAGCCUCCUCCGCCGCCGCCGCUGCCGCCGCCGGCCCCCUAUCUACCGCGCACGCGCAGGACGGGCCCGCCGAGCGCGCGGACGCGCUGCAGGUGCCCCGCGCGCCCACCGAGCCCGUGUCGCCGCACUUCCGCGUGCCGCUGACCGACCGCUUCAACUACGCGUCGCUGGACUGCUCCGCGCGCGUGCACACCGCGCACCGCGCCGCGCGCUCCGCCGCGAGCCUCCUCUCGUCGAAGCGCGACCGGUACAUGCUGAGCCCGUGCGCGGCGCGCGCGCCGUUCGUCGUCGUCGAGCUGUGCGAGGACAUCCGCAUCGACACGGUGCAGCUGGCGAAUUUUGAGUUUUUUAGCGGCGUGUUUAGGGAGUUUACGGUGAGCGUUGCGAAGACGUAUUCGACGGAGCCGGAGGGGUGGACGGUUGCGGGGACUUAUGUCGCGAAGAACGUGCGCGGGGUGCAGUCCUUCCACCCGCCAACCGCGAUCCGCGACUUUUAUCGCUUCAUACGGAUCGAUUUCCACACGCACUACGGGAACGAGUACUACUGCCCGAUCUCCCUUUUGCGCGUGUACGGCCUCACGCACCUCGAGCAGUGGAAGUGGGACACGUGGGAGUCGGAGAGCCGCGCCCGCCUCGAGCACGGCGCGCCGCCCGCCGCCGCCGCCGCCGCCGCGGCGGUCAUCCCCGCAGAGGCUGCGGCGGAGGACCCGCCAAAGCCCGCGGCGGAAGCGGGCGAGCGGGCGCGGGCCGAGCAGGUGUCGGCGAAGGCUGCGGCGAGCGGCGGCGGCGUGCAAAAAGGAGAGGCUGCGGCGAGCGGGCGGGCGACAGACGGGGCGUCGGGCGAGUCCGAGGCCGUGUCUGUGUAUUCCGGAUCGGGUGCCGAUUGUCUGUCUACCGCAUCCGCGAACAAACCGUCGAGCAGCGCGCGCUCUCUGGCGACGUCAUCGACGUCGAGUCCGGCCGAUGCCCUCCAUGAUCCGAGCCACGCGACACCGCCCCUCCUCCGCGACUCUCGACGACAGCACAGCGCAUCACCUGACCACGUCGCGACCCCGUCUGUGUCGUUCUCACCUGAACCCUCCUCUUUGCACAACGCGUCCUCUUCUUCUGACCCGCUCCACGGACCCUCCUCCACCGCCUCUCUCGCGACCCCGACCACGACCUCUUCCUCCGCGCCGUCGUCCCACGCCUCCCUGCCCCUCCCCGCGAUCCCGACCCACGUCUCGUCCAGCGGCGAGUCCAUCUACCGCACGAUCAUGAACCGCCUGACCGCGCUCGAGUCCAACAUCACGCUCUACGCGCGCUACGUCGAGGAGCAGGCCGCCGGCACGCGCGAGGUCCUGCGCCGCCUCGGGGAGGACGUCGGCCGCCUGGAAGGCAUCGGCAGGGCCCAGGCACACGUCUACCAGCGCUCCAUCCACGACUUCGAGAAGCACCGCAGGCGCCUCGAGGUCGAGCAGCGGGAGCUGCUCACCAAGGUAAACUACCUGGCGGACGAGGUCGUGCUCGAGAAGCGCCUCGGCAUCGCGCAGCUGUGCCUCCUCCUCGCCGUCCUCGUCUUCAUCAGCCUCACGCGCGGCUCGCGCACACAGCACGUGCACCCCGCCGCCGCCGCCGCCGCGUCCUCGUCCUCGUCCGUCCUGCGCGGCGUCCCCGGGGGCACGUCCAUGCGCGAGUGGGGGCGCCGCAACCUCAGCUUCAGCGGCGACUGGGUCAGCCGCCUCCGCAGCCGCAGCCGCAGCCUGACCGCCUCGCCCGACGGCGGCACCGGCGGCACCGGCACCAGCACCACCACGCCCGUCGCGCGCCGCGCCGGCGAUCCCCAAGCCUCGAACAGGAUCGCCUUUCCCACGCACGACGAGCCGCACUUGCUCCCCGACCGCGACCGCGACCGCCAGCGCGACCGCCAGCGCGACCGCCAGCGCCACGCCACCACGAAGCCGUUCACGACCCCCCGCCGGCCCACAGCAGGCCCGUCCAGCGCGCGCCCGCGCACCCCGCGGUACCUCGUCCACCGCUCCGCGACGCCGACUGGCCCGCGCGCCGCGCCGCCACUCGUGGCGUCGCACUCGCUUGGCUCCGUCGUCGUCGUCGGCGGCAGCGGCAGCGGCGGCGGUGGUGGUGGUGGUGCGGGGACAGGGGCGGGGGCAGCGCUCGUGGGUCCCGUGCCGCGCUCUGCCAAGCGGUGGGCGCGUAGUGCGCAUUUGCAUGAGGUGCGUCGCGGGGCGCGGGAUGCUGAGGUGCGGGUGCAGGUGCCGCUCCUGGGCGGGGGCGGGGGCGGGGACGCGGACGUGGGGAGCGAGGGCGACGACGAGAAUGAGCACGAGCGCGAGCACGAGCACGAGGCGGCGGCGUACGCGCUUGAUGUGGCGGAUGGGGUGAAGCGCGGGGCGGGGCUCCACGCGCGGAGGCGGGGGUCGCCGCUGCGCGAGCGGGCGGUGAACGGUGCGGGCGCGGGUGCGGGCGCGGCUGGGGCUGGGGAGACGGGGGGAGACGGGUGGGUCGAUACGGAUGCGGACGGGUCGGAUGUGGAUUGGGCGCGGGGGCAUCUGGGGGAGGUCGAGGUCGUGGAGCUGUGAGUGGCUUUCGCUGCUCGUCGUCGUAGCUGUGGCUGCUGUCGUCAUCGUCUCGUUUCUCGUUCUCGCAUCAUCUUUUUUUUUUUCGUCUUGUCUUUCGGUUUCUUGUGUCUUUUUUGCCAUGGGGGGAGGGUCGUGCAUUUGGGUAUAUACAAGGUACACACGGUAUCGGCACACAUUACACACGGAUUUAUCUCUGUC